CAGCUCUCUCACAGCUGCUGACAACUUAUAGGAGGGAAAACCCAGAAUCCACCUCUUCAUCUCCAUACAAAGCCCCGCCCCCUCAUGUCACAUGAUCAUCAUCACAGGUCCUUCAUCCACCACUACUUCUCCACCCCUGAGCCCCGCCCCCUCACGUGACAUCACCACAGGUCCUUCAUCCACCCCCGUCCUCUCUCCCGCUGCCCCCAGGAUGUCCCCGGACAGGACUGAUGUGACUACAGGACUAUUACACAUCACCCUGGAGAUCAUCCGCCUGCUGACCGGAGAGGAUUAUACCAUAGUGAGGAAGACAUCGGGGGAGUCCGGAGGAUGGAGCAGGGGCCCGAACCCCAUCACAGACCCUCCACCUCACAUGAUACAUGAGAGGAACAAUAAGAAGAUCCUAGAGCUCAUCAACAAGAUGAUGGCGCUGCUGAUUAGAGAGGUUCCUAUAAGGUGUCAGGAUGUGGCGGUCUAUUUCUCCAUGGAGGAGUGGGAGUAUGUAGAAGGACACAAGGAUCUGUACCAGGACAUUAUGGAGGACCCCCGGCCCCUCACAUCACCAGAAAUCACCAGUAAGAAUUCUGAGGAAAACGUCAUAUUAUUGAGCUACAAAACAGAAGAUGAAGACACCGCACAGGACUCCACAGGAGGAAAUCUUAUUCACCGUAAUACAGAUCUAUCACAUGAUCCCAGUACAGAUCCAUCACAUGAUCCCAGUACAGAUCCAUCACAUGAUCCCAGUACAGAUCCAUCACAUGAUCCCAGUACAGAUCCAUCGCAUGAUCCCAGGACAGAUCCAUCGCAUGAUCCCAGGACAGAUCAAUCACAUGAUCCCAGUACAGAUCCAUCACAUGAUCCCAGGACAGAUCCAUCACAUGAUCUCAGUACAGAUCCAUCUCCAUCACAUGAUCCCAGUACAGAUCCAUCACAUGAUCCCAGGACAGAUCCAUCACAUGAUCCCAGUACAGAUCCAUCACAUGAUCCCAGGACAGAUCCAUCACAUGAUCCCAGUACAGAUCCAUCACAUGAUCCUAGUACAGAUCUAUCGCAUGAUCCCAGGACAGAUCCAUCACAUGAUCCCAGUACAGAUCAAUCACAUGAUCCCAGUACAGAUCCAUCACAUGAUCCCAGGACAGAUCCAUCACAUGAUCCCAGUACAGAUCCAUCACAUGAUCUCCCUUAUCAUGAGGAACCUUCUACUGACCGAUCACAGAUUGUUACCACAAGGACAGAUCAGAAACAGGGUAAAGGGUUUCAAUGUGGUAAAAGUGAAAAACACUUUACAAAAAACUCAGAUCUUUUUACGCACAGAAAAAAACGCACAGGGGAGAAGCCGUUCUCCUGUUCAAAAUGUGGGAAAGGUUUUACACGCAAAUCAAGUCUUUUCACACAUCAGAAAAUUCACACAGGGGAGAAGCCCUAUUCAUGUUCAGAAUGCGGACUGUGUUUUACAAGAACAUCAAAUCUUGACACACAUCAGAGAAUUCACACAGGGGAGAAGCCAUUUUCCUGUUCAGAAUGUGGGAAAUGCUUUACACGCAAAUCAACCCUUAUUACACAUCAGGGAAUUCACACAGGGGAGAAGCCCUAUUCAUGUUCAGAAUGCGGAGUAUGUUUUACAAGAAAAUCAAAUCUUGACACACAUCAGAGAAUUCACACAGGGGAGAAGCCAUAUUCAUGUUCAGAAUGUGGGAAAUGCUUUAAAGAUAAAUCGUAUCUUAUUUCACAUAGAAAAAGUCACACAGGAGAAAAAACUUACUUCUGUUCAGAAUGUGGAGAGCAGUUUACAUAUAGAUCAGCUCUUCAUAGGCAUCAGAAAAUUCAUAGACAGCGGAAGCCGUAUUCAUAUUCCGACCCUGGUCAGUCCCUGAGCGCCAGAGACUUCUGGAAGUGGGUCAACAGAACCUGUUUGUCAAGAAUCUGCCUUGACUGGGUCCUGAUCUCUCAGACUCCACCGACGUUUCGCCUUCAGAGUCGGGGUAGCCCCAGGUCCUUCAUCCUCUUCCCUGCUGGCCCCGCCCCCCAUGUGACCCUCUUUAUCCGGUAUAUGGCCGGUGUUGUGCUCGGUGUCCCCGCUAUUUCCUCCCGCUCUCUCUGGUGUCCCCGCUGUUGUGGUUCCGGUUCUCCGGUCUCAACAGGACCAGAUCCCGUCCUCUCUCCCGCUGCCCCCAGGAUGUCCCCGGACAGGACUGAUGUGACUACAGGACUAUUACACAUCACCCUGGAGAUCAUCCGCCUGCUGACCGGAGAGGAUUAUACCAUAGUGAGGAAGACAUCGGGGGAGUCCGGAGGAUGGAGCAGGGGCCCGAACCCCAUCACAGACCCUCCACCUCACUCCAUGAUACAUGAGAGGAACAACAAGAAGAUCCUAGAACUCAUCAACAAGAUGAUGGAGCUGCUGAUUAGAGAGGUUCCUAUAAGGUGUCAGGAUGUGGCGGUCUAUUUCUCCAUGGAGGAGUGGGAGUAUGUAGAAGGACACAAGGAUCGGUACCAGGACAUUAUGGAGGACCCCCGGCCCCUCACAUCACCAGAUGGAUCCAGUAGGAGAAAUUCACCGGAAAGUAGUCCCAGUCCUCAGUAUUUCCAGGACUGUCCAGAGGAGAAGCUCAGUGUCCUGACAGAUCAUCAUGGGGGUGAAGAUCUGACCAUAAUCAAAGUGGAGGUAGAAGAGGAGAAGAUGGAGGGCGAAGAGCCGUGUGUGAAAGAGGAGAAGGAGGACGUCCCGAUAGGUGUCACUGCAGAAAAUCCCUUUGAGCGAAACGUCUUGUUCUCACUGGAUUAUAAAGAAGAAGAUGAAGAUAUCACGCGGCAAAACCUCAUUUCCCUUAAUGUCCAUCCAGGACAUCCCAGCACAGAUCUAGCCUAUAAUAAUCCUAACCAUGAGGAACCUUCUCCCGGUCAGUCACAGACUGUUACCGCCAGUACAAGUCAAAGUCAAGGGGAAGGGUCUCAUCAGUUUGCAAAAAGUUCUGACCCUAUUAUACGGGAGAAGCCAUAUUCAUGUUCAGAAUGUGGGAAAUGUUUUAUAGACAAAUCAAGUCUUCUCAGACACGUGAGAAUUCACACAGGAGAGAAGCCGUAUUCAUGCCCAACCUGUGGGAAAUGUUUUGCACAUAAAUCGCCUCUUGUAAUACAUGAGAGAAUUCACACAGGGGAGAAGCCGUAUCCUUGUUCAGAAUGUGGGAAAUGCUUUACAGAUAAAUCCACUCUUGUUUUACAUGAGAGAACUCACACAGGUGAGAAACCGUUUUCGUGUGCGCGAUGCGGGAAGAGUUUCGCUCGAAGAUCGCAGCUGGUUAUACAUGAGAGAAGUCACACAGGCGAGAAGAUUUAUUCGUGUUCGGAAUGUGGGAAAUGUUUUUCAGAUAAAUCAUAUCUUGUUGUUCAUGCGAGAAGUCACACAGGAGAGACGCCAUAUUCUUGUCCGGAAUGUGGGAAGGGCUUUACAGGGAAAGCGAGUCUAGUCAGACAUGUUAGAAAUCACACAGAAGAGCGGCCAUAUUCCUGUUCAGAAUGUGGGAAAGAUUUUAGACAUAGGUCAAAUUUGGCUGCUCAUAAGAGAAUUCACACUGGAAAGGGACUGUAUUCAUGUCCAGAAUGCGGUAAGAGCUUUACAAAUCAAUUGCGACUUGUUAGACAUGAGAGAACUCACACGGGAGAGAAGCCAUAUACGUGUUCCGAAUGUGGGAAAUGUUUUACAUGUAAAUCAUCUCUUGCUGUACAUGAGAGAAGUCACACAGGGGAGAAGCCAUAUUCUUGUUCAGAAUGUGGGGAAUGCUUCAUUACUAAAACCAAACUAAGGAGUCAUCAGAUAAGUCACACAGGAGAAAUGCCCUUCCCGUGCUCUUAUUGUGGGAAAUGUUUUACCUAUAAAUCACAGCUGGAUAAACAUGAGAGAAUCCACACUGGGGAGAAGCCAUUUUCUUGUCCAGAAUGUGAGAAGUGCUUUGCGGACAAGUCAGCCCUUGUUAAACAUCAGAGAACUCACACGGGAGAGAAGCCAUACUCAUGUUCAGAAUGUGGGAAAUGUUACACUACGAAUGCCAAACUAAAGGAUCAUCAGAAAAGACACGCAGAGGAGAGCCUGUUUUAAUGAUGUGUGGGAAAUUUUUAUACAAGGAAAGAAAAUUCGGAGAAUUUCCGUAGAAUUACCGUGCAAUUUUAUAUUAUUAGGAAUGUGGAAAACGUUAUAAGAGCAAAAAUAAAGGAGGUUUAUAAGACCUUUUAAACUGACAAUAUUAUGGGGAAUGAUCCUGGAUCCACCAAUGUCCCGAGGUCUAUUUACCUGUAGUCAUCUGUGACUAAUAAUUUGUGAUUUUUUAAUAAUAUACGGACAUAACAAUUCAUAUAAAAAGGUAAAAGCGAAGGAACCGAACAAAAGUCCAAAAAAUUGACUUAAAAUUUUUUUUUUAUAAGAAUUUUUUUUCUUUUUAUAAUUUUAUUUUAUUUUUUUAAACAGGAAUAUUUUUUUUUUUUUAAUUAGUGUAUUUACUAAUCUGUGGUCCCGAUGGCAGGAUAUGUGCUUGACUGCUACUUAAAGGGGUACUCCACUGCUAGACGUCCUCCUAUACAAAGGAUAGGAGAUAAGAUGUUUGGUCAUGGGGGUCCCCCGCCAUCUCCCGCAGCAUGGUGCCCCCCCCCCUCCCAUAGACAUGAAUGGAGGGGGGCGUGGCCACGCCCCCUCCAUUCAUGUCUAUGGGAGGGGGGCACCAUGCUGCGGGGGACCCCCACGAUCCUAUAUCUUCACGAUCACGGCAGCGGAGUACCCCUUUUCAUAAGGCUUGGCAUUUUUUGAUAACACUGUUCAACUAUAGUCGCAUGUGGCAGAUGUUUCUAUACCACAAAAAAAAAAAAAAAUUGUAGUGCGUUUUAUAUUAUUGUUGUUUUUUUAUUUUUUAUUUUUUUAUUUAAUUUUUUAAAAAUAAAUAAAAUAGCAUUUUCCCAUAAAACACGCGCAACAACCAUUAAGCCGUCGAUGCAUUUUCGUUUGGAUUUUAAGGCGUAAGGGUGGAUCAGCCGACAACUCUCUGAACUGUGACUGUAAGGCUGCGUUCACACUGCAGAAUUUCUGCAUCGAAUUCGUCACGAAUAGCCCUAUUUAAAGGGAUCGUCCAGGAAUGGAAAAAUAGAGCUAAUUUCUUUCAAAACCCGCUGCCCGUCUGUCUCCAGGUUGGAUGUGGCUUAUGCAGCUCUCAGUUCCAUUUGAUGUAGAUGUAGCCAAGUUGUAAUACCACACACAACCUGGAUGACAGACGGGGAGCUGUCCUUUUUUGAAAGAAAUUAGCUCUGUUUUUUUCGAUUCUGGAUAACCCCUUUAAAAAAAAAAAAAAAAAAAACUGAACCAAAGGCAUGUGACUCAAAGGGGUACUCCGGUGGAAAACUUUUUUUUUUAUUUAUUUUUUUUAAAUCAACUGGUGCCAGAAAGUUAAACAGAUUUGUAAAUGACUUCUAUAAAAAAAAAUCUUAAUCCUUCCAGUACUUAUUAGCUGCUAAAUACUACAGAGGAAAUGCUUUUCUUUUUGGAACACAGAGCUCUCUGCUGACAUCACAAACACAGUGCUCUCUGCUGACAUCUCUGUCCAUUUUAGGAACUGUCCAGAGUAGGAGA